AUGAUCCCGAGACCCUUGCUCGUCACGCCGCGGAGGUUAUGGCUUAACCUGGUGUUGUAUGGGUCACUUUCCACGUUGAGCGGUUCCAGAACGAGACUGAAGCCGAGAGACGUAUCUGAUGGUGUCGAAUCCAUCUGCGUGAGCCACCGCGCCUUCACAAAGUUGAAGACCUUGACGUUGGAUGGUUUUGACAUCCUAUCCCUCUUGUCUACAUCUCCACGACUGCAACUCCUGCAUUCAUCAACCAGAUGGAUUCCUUCUUUAUAUUAUGGGCACACGUCACGAGUGCAUCCCGAUGUCCGCCAACCAAAACAACCACGUCUCAUUGGCACGCAUAGCACUUCAUCGCUAAUGACUGAGACGUUUUGGGCCCAUGAUGUCUUCUCUUCGACUCAUCCUCCUUUUAGCGCUGAGGCUGGUUUACCCAUCCCACUCUCAGCAGACGAAAUGGUCAAGAUUAGCACACCUGAGCUGAAUUCUACCCAGCCUGCUGGUACUCUAGAACAUAUAAAGGCAGAGAUGGUUCAAGACCAUCCCUAA